AUGAAAACUACUCUUCUCCAAAAUAUCCUCAAAACAAAAGCUAAUUCUAAUAUGAUUAAAAUACAUUAACCAAACUUAAAUUUAAUUCAAUUUGAUUCACCUCCCCGAGAAUUCUACACUAAUGAGUUUUUUGAGAAGAACAAAAAUAAAAUUCAUAUUUAUGAGUCCCUCGAGGAAAAUAUGAAAUAUCAUUACCUUAAUCCAUAAUCAAUUUUUGAUCCCUCUAUUUCAACUGAUAUGUACUAUCCUUAUAGCAUCAAUAUGAAAAUUAAUAGAGAUUUGCAUCUUAUUUUGGCAGAAGCUUAUUUCGGUUCAACUAAACCUAAAACUGCUAUAAUAGGUAACUAAGCUACUGCUCGUUUGGUUAGAUACAUCUAGGAUUUAAGUUACGAUCCAGUGGCUUGUGAUAGCAAAAGAAACUUUAUAGACUUCACAAAUUACAUUUUAAAUCUGAAUGGGCUUUAAUCUCAACAAGUAGUAUAAAUGGAUAAAUAUGAAUUUCUAUCAGGAAAGCAAUUCGAUUUGAUUGAAAUUGAAGAUAUCUUUCGUAAACCAUUUGGAUUGUUAGUGCCUGCUCUCAAGGCAAUAACUGAUGGUGGAUUAUUGAUCUAUACAAUUUAAUAAUUCAUUCCUAAUAAUAAAUAGAUUGGAAAACAAACUAAAUAGUAACUCAAUUUAUUUCAUAAUGACAUAUUUUCCAAUUCUGAAACUAUUAUUUAAGGAACUCUUGCUAAAUUCGAAUAAGUAGCACAUGAUCUUGGAAAGCAUAUUGAACCCAUCUGUACAUUAGCAACUGCAAAUUAAGUAGGACAUCUAACUUUAUGUGUAGCAGUCAGAAAUGGUAAAAAAUAAUUAAAUCAAUAUCACGCAUAUUGUUCCACUUGUGGUCGAUUUACAAAUGAUUGUGAAUAAUCUAAUCAGUGUAACUUCAUAGGAAUGGGUCCUUUGUAUAUUUAAAAUUUAGAUCAAAACAAAGAAGUUUUAAAGAAGUGUUUGAAAAUAAAAAAAUACACUAAUUGGGGAUUCUUAGAAAGAAUGAUAGAAUAAAUAUACAAAAUUCCUGCUGACUGCUAUCCUUUCUGUAUUACUAAAUAUAUGAAAUAUAAUAAAUCUUCUUUCUUUUAUGAAGCUUUAGGAAAUAAUGAAGGAUAUUUUUUAGCCAAAUCUCCAUAUCAUAAUAUACCAACUAUCUAUACCAAUAUGCCUUGGAAUAUUUUAAUGGGCAAAGUCCAUCAAUUUAUGAUUGAAACAACUCAAAUACCUUCUCCAUAUGUGGCAUCCUUUCCAACCUAACCCUUAAGUUUGCAAAAUCUUGAAUAAGCAUAAAGAAUAGUGUAUGACGAAGAAAUGAGAUUAUAAUCACUUCCGAAGUAGUUAAAGGCUAAAGGAUAAGAUAAGCAUUGA